UUCCAGGCUCCGUGGGAAGCGGCUCUUUUUACGACGCUCUGGCUCCGACUCCCCCGGACCUUCCUAGCGGCGCUCGGGGUUCCCGCCCGGAAGAGGCUGCCGUGGCACCCGCGCACCGGCAACAUGGCGCGGUCCGGGAAUAAGGCAGCUGUUGUACUGUGUAUGGAUGUGGGCUCUGCCAUGAGUAACUCCCUUCCUGGUGAAGAAUCCCCAUUUGAGCUAGCAAAGAAGGUGAUGACCAUGUUUGUGCAGCGACAGGUGUUUGCUGAGAGCAGGGAUGAAAUUGCAUUAGUCCUUUUUGGUACAGAUGGCACUGAGAAUGCCCUUGCUGGUAAGGAUCAGUAUCAGAACAUCACAGUGCACAGACACCUGAUGCUACCAGAUUUUGACUUGCUGGAGGACAUUGAAAGAAAAAUCCAACCAGGUUCUCAACAAGCUGACUUCCUGGAUGCACUCAUUGUAUGCAUGGAUGUGAUUCAACAAGAAACUGUAGGAAAGAAGUUUGAGAAGAGGCAUAUUGAAGUGUUCACUGACCUCAGCAGCCCAUUCAGCAAAGAUCAGCUGGAUGUUAUAAUCCAUAACUUGAAGAAAUUUGGCAUCUCCCUGCAGUUCUUUUUGCCUUUCCCCGUUGGCAAGGAGGAUGGAACCGGGGACAGGGGAGAUGGUAACUCACGCUCAGACCACCAUGGACCCUCCUUUCCUCUAAAAGGAAUUACUGAGCAGCAAAAAGAAGGUAUUCGGAUGGUGAAAAAGGUGAUGAUGUCUUUAGAAGGUGAAGAUGGGCUAGAUGAAAUUUAUUCCUUCAGUGAGAGUCUGAGACAACUGUGUGUCUUUAAGAAAAUUGAGAAGCGUUCCGUCCCUUGGUCCUGCACACUGACCAUUGGCUCCAGUUUGUUUAUAAAGAUCGUGGCUUAUAAAUCGAUUAUACAGGAGAGAGUUAAAAAGUCUUGGACAGUUGUGGACGCCAGAACCCUCAAGAAAGAAGAUCUACAGAAAGAAACCGUUUAUUGCUUAAAUGAUGACAAUGAAACCGAGGUCCCGAAGGAGGACACUAUUCAAGGGUUCCGCUAUGGAAGUGAUAUUGUUCCUUUCUCUAAAGUGGAUGAGGAACACAUGAAAUAUAAAUCGGAGGGGAAGUGCUUCUCCGUUUUGGGAUUUUGUAGAUCUUCUCAGGUCCACAGGAGAUAUUUUAUGGGAAAUCAAGUCCUAAAGGUCUUUGCAGCAAAAGAUGAUGAGGCAGCAGCGGUAGCGCUCUCCUCCCUGAUUCACGCCUUGGAUGAAUUAGACAUGGUGGCCGUAGUUCGAUAUGCCUAUGACAGAAGAGCUCAUCCUCAGGUUGGCGCGGCGCUUCCUUAUAUCAAGGACGCCUAUGAGUGUUUAAUAUAUGUGCAGCUGCCGUUUAUGGAAGACUUGAGACAAUACAUGUUUUCAUCUUUGAAAAAUAAUAAGAAAUACAUUCCCACAGGAUCAGGGAGUUGUGAGCAGUGUCUGCUACAUAGAGCUUUACAUCCCCAGGAGCCUCUGCCCCCUAUUCAGCAGCAUAUUUUGAAUAUGCUGGACCCCCCCACUGAGGUGACAGCUAAAUGUCAGAUUCUGCUCUCUAAAAUAAAGACCGUUUUCCCUCUGACUGAAGUCAUCAAGAAGAAGGAUCAAGUGACUGCUCAGAACAUUUUCCAAGACAACCAUGAAGAGGGUCCCACCUCUAAAAAACUGAAGACUGAGGAAGGGGAGGCCUGCUUUAGCAUCUCCAGCCUGGCUGAAGGAAGUGUCACCAGUGUCGGAAGUGUGAAUCCUGCCGAAAACUUCCGUGUUCUAGUGAGGCAGAAGAAAGCCAGCUUUGAGGAAGUGAGGCAUAUUUCUUGUCCGAAGCUUAUUGGCAUAGAGGAGAUGACACUGAACCCCGGGAACAUGUUCUUUCUGGCUGCUGAUGCUUCUUUUUACAAGAGAAAAAUUCUUGACCACAGCCGUAUGCAUAAUAAUCAUUUCUCAGUGGUGAAAGUAGACUUGUUUCUCUCACACGGUAUUCAUAAGUGCAUCAGUGCCUUCAUCCGUGAUAUCUGUUAUCUGCAAUUAGAUGGGAGGAGGUGUGGUGGGGAGGAAGGUACGGUUGGGAUUGCUUUGCACUGGGAUUUCACUCUGAAUUACUUUUUAGAUGGAAUUACUCUGAUCACCAAAGAUGAAGCCCCUGGAAGUUCCGUCACAGCUGAGGAAGCCAAAAAGUUUCUGGCCCCUAAAGAAAAUCCAAAUGAAGACACAGCAGCCAUAUUUGCAGAAGGUGGUGACGUGGAUGAUUUACUGGACUUGAUCUAGGUCAUGGCCGUGUGAGGAAUCGAGAGUUACCACUGCUGUCAUGCUGGGACUUCUGUCCAGAGGAGGCCAUUCAAGGGGAACGGGAAGCUCUGGAGAUGGUCCCCGUAGGUUAUGUGGAAGUAAAUCUCCUAAUUCUCUGGAAUGAAAAUAUACAUGUGGCAGGGAUAAUUUCAAUCCCAUACACGUUUAUAAAGAAUCCCUGUUAUUUUCUCA